GACAGUGGAGAAUCUUAAAUCCCCUCCGCUCCCACUCAUGCCUCACCAGAUUUUGAUACAUAUGCAAAACCUGCUGGCUGUUGCUUCUCAGCAGGGCCAGAAGCUUGCCUUUGGCCUAGCAGUAGCUACCAGGAGACCUUCCUGCGAGAGGUGCCUAACAGCUUCAGAGGAAUCGGCACUUCAGAAGUGGGAGCUCUGAGGCAGAGGUGCACUGUUGGGGUCAGCGAGCUGCAAUUUUUGUGGGUUGGGAAGGAAUGGAGAAGGAACACAUCAAGAUGGCCAUGCUGAAGCAAGAACAGACAUUCAGACAGCAGGUUCAUGAGCUGCACCGUGUGUACCGGGUUCAGAAGCAGCUGAUGAUGCAGAUGCAUAUUACCGAGGCGAAAAACUACGGCAACAUAGCUGCAGAGGAACAAACUGAAUCUACAGUAAAGCUCGGUCACCAACAAUGGUGCGGUGGCUCGGUCGAGAAGGAAACUACACUGGCAGAAGACUUCAACCUGGAGCUGACACUGGCAACAGGUACUGCAAGGAGGAAGCAAGAGAAGCCGUCCAACUCAGACUCCGAAGCAACAAUAUCAUCAUCAACAUCUGCAGAAUCAGAGUCAGGGCGGAGAUAUGUGCCUGACUCCAAUGUAACAACACUGAGGUUUCAGAAUGAGAGCAAUAGGCAUGAUGAUAAGGUCAUGCGGUCUCCGUGGCUCUACCAGUGUUUAAGUCUCAAGAUGGCAUGAAGGCGUAGCUAGGGUUGGCAUGAGAGUGCCUCGAGAUUUGAAAAGCCCAAACAAAAGCAAAUGCAUUGCUGUAUGUAUAGUACAAGCGAAUUCGAUGCAACUUUAGGAGUGAGCUCAAAAGAAUCAAGCAUCUCUCAAAAGAACUAA